GGAGGGUGGGGCUCCGAUUGCAGCCCCGCCCUUGGUGGGUGGGGGAACUCAACCGCUCCCCGCUGCUACUCCGAGUAGACCUUCCGCAGCUGAGCACCGAGAUCUGCAGCGCCCCUGACAAAGACCCCCUCCCCCCGCUCUCCGAUAUUCAUUGGGACCAAGAAUGUCUUCCGAGUCAGCCUCCCCACGCGAGCGCUCUCCAUCUUCCGAUGUCCUCAGGCUCCCCGAAGGCCAUCGCGUGAGGGACCGUUCACCUUCUCCCAUGCGCGGCUGUCUCAUCCCGAGCCCGCUUCCUACCCGGAGGACUCGUACAUGUUCUGCGACGGCGAGGGCUUCCCAAGGGCCCGCCUUCAAGGGCACGUGCAAAUGCUUCUGCCGUUCCAAAGGCCACGGCUUCAUCACCCCGGAGGAUGGCGGGCCAGAUAUUUUUGUGCACAUCUCUGACAUCGAGGGGGAAUACGUCAUGGUGUCCGGCGACGAAGUCACUUACAAGGUAUGCCCCAUCCCACCCAAGAACGAGAAGCUGCAAGCGGUAGAGGUCAUCAUUACUCACCUGGCUCCGGGAACGAAACACGAGACUUGGUCGGGGCACGUGAUCAGCUCCUAGUGGGCCCCGCCUUGGGAGUGACAUUGACCGGGGACGCUUGAUGAAGCUUUUAGACAACCACAGAGCGUGACAGUUGAGCUUUCUGUAUAUUGAGUGAGGUGAAACAUUAUAACAGGGGGUCAAAGAUGGUCUGAUAAACCCCGGGUUGUUGUCGUUGUGUGGUUUUUCAGGCUUUUAAAAAUUUAAACAACAAUAUCUGAAAGAGAAGACACUAACAGAAGGCGCUGAGGGUGGAGGAAACGUUUCAGGUGUUGUGGCCCCGGGGUUUUUCACCCAAAACAAAACCUCUUUAACCCAUCAAUGUAUAAAAGUGUUUUUUUAAUUUUUCGAGAAUUUGUGCCGAGGAACCGGCAUAUCGAUCUGUGGGACAAUUCACCAGUUUCCCUCCGAAACUCUGACUGAGUCUGCAAAAGCUAGUUGGUUGUCGAUCCCAGCAGUGAUGCGGCAAAAGGAGGAAGGCCUUCUUGGUCCAAAGGCUCUUUUGCCUUCACGAAACCAGAAAUGGUUUUGCAAAACUACUUUCCUUGGUGCCUUGCAGGUUUCUGGUUCCUUGCAGCAUUUGUACCAAUGGGGCUGGCUUAACCCCUGAGCUGAGGGAAUGUUUCCCUUCUCUGUUUUGUGCCUGAUUGGGGUGGGGUGGGGGUUGCAAAAGCUGAAAAAUGGCUUUCUUGACUUACCAUAUAUAAAUGUUUUGUAAACAUGCUGAAUGUCUGAGCUGAUGAAACAGCAUUGCGGUGCCAGCUAGGAAGCAAAUGUUAAGUCUGUAUAUUUCACAAUCGAGAGUCUCUUCCCCAUCUGGACGGGAUUUGGAGUUCAUUUUUUUAGAUGGCGGAAUAUGCUUCUAUCGCUGGCUUUUUCGUGUGUCUGUUUAACCUCCACCGAAAUGUCUACUUCCAGAAAGCUCGGCAGAGAAACCCAAUUUGCUCUCUUGGUUUUCAGUGCUUAUUUUGGAUGGUUGAUUUGCCUUCUGACAGAUAAUUUUCUGAAAAGUGUGUGCUCCUUUGUAAGGCUCCUCAUAGUUGGCUGCUUUGGGGUGGAAAAAAUUAAAAACUGUUCUUGGAA